AUGCAUAAAAUGUCCGAUAAUGAGGAAGGACAAGGGCCGAAGAGUACAUUUAGCACCUAUGCAGCUGAAGGUGAGCAGCUGUUCCAGAAGGGAGAGUGUUUAGCAGAUAACUUGAUUCUCCUUCGGUCUCCGUCAUGUCUCCUGCAGGGUCUGUAUCACAAAGCAGAAGCUCUCUACACUAUGGGUGAUUUUGAGUUUGCAUUGCUUUACUAUCACAGAAGCAAUAAGCUGCAUCCAGAGCUGCAGGAGUUCAGGCUUGGCAAUCGACAACUCAGUCCUUCCUCUGAUAAGCCUGAAAAUAUAGGAGACUUGUCUUUCUUCCACAAAUCUAAUGGGGUGUGCUGGCUAUAUUGUCUUCUCUAUCUCUUGCUCGCUUCCUCAUUAAACCACCUGCCCUCAUCAUUCACCCUGCCACUGUUAAUGCUUUCCAUUCAUGUUCAAUUCAGGAUAAAAUGGAAUCCAAAAAGCAUGGCACUUCCACAAGAUGAGGGUGUGUGUUUCAGGGUUGGCUUGUUGUUGUUUUGUUUUUUUGUAGACCUUUUCAAAUGUCAGAUUACAUCUGUGAAAGUGCAUUUUCUAUGGAGUUUCACAAUCUGCUCCUAUACAGAUCUUAUAAAAGGUAGGAUACGAACUGGAGAGCGUGUGCAAAAUCUGAUUGUAUGUAUCUCAUAUCUGGACACACAGACGACAUUCUGGCAACAGCAGCAUACACUAUCAUUCAAAUCCUUGAGUUCAGGCAACACAUAUGUGAAGUAGGCCUGUGAGCUCAUGAAGGUGGUGAAGGAAUGGCCUGAGAAAGUGCUCCCAAUGAGAGAAAAGUGCUUGGGAACCUCCACAGCUUCAUUGUAAGUCAUAUAUUUAGGCAAUGCACUGAUGAAUCCUGGGAAUAUGGACAAAGCUCUGCAUCAUCAUGUAAAGGAUCUGGAGCUGGCCAAGAAAUGCAACCUGAUGGACAGUAAAUCCAGGGCUCUGGUCAACAUUGGCCAUGUGUAUGCACGGAUUGGAAAGUUUCAACAAGCACUUGAAGUCUGGGAGGAGAAGUUGUCUCUAGUAUAUGGUGGGUUAGAGAAAGCACAAGACUAUGGUUCCCGCUCACUCAUGGCUGCGGAUGACAUCUGCAAUUAAAAAUGGCAGGCAGGCAGAAUAUCAUUUUACAUCCUCUUUCUCUCUGACAGAGUGAAGCUGGGUAACUACAAGGCCUGUGUGUGUAACUUUGAGAGGGCACUGGACCGGGCAAAACUGCUGCAGGACGACUCUGCCAGCGAAGCCAUCCAGAAGGCUCUGCGUGAAGCAAGACAAAGAGUGACUCAGUAAAAUGAGAAACCCCUCUGAAUAAAAUGGCAGCAAUCAACUUUCAUCCACCUACAAGACAAGUCAGAACUAAUGCAUCCCCACAAGUGGAAUAAAGUUUGUCUGAGGAACAUUGUGCUGGAUUGCAGUCAGUGUUAUUGGUGAAGGAUGACUUUAUUACUUCCUUUUCUGUGCUUGUUACCAUAUGGGUAAAAAUAUUUUUGCAUAGUUUUACAUAAUUAAACAUGUCAGACUUUCAGAGGUAUAACAAAUCAUGUGCUAUAUUUGUGAUGCAGUGUCUAAGUGAUGUUGCCCAGAUGCUGUUAAUGUUUUCCAAUAGACCCACACAUGCCGUGACCUUCUGUUGACAUAGAGAAAUACUCUUUUAAUUCAUAAUCCAACCAUAGAGGUUUGAACUGAAAUUCAUUCAAAUGAGUUUGUACCUCUAAUUUGAUAUCAAUUUGAUAUUGACUUUAUGUGCUCAACAAAACUGAACAGAAGUAUAAGCCCUGUCAGAAUGCUUGCAGUUCGUGUGUGAGAGGAUUUUUGUGUGGGUUAUAUCUGCUAUUUAUGCACACACCACAAAAGCUUGUGAGAAAGCGGUCACAGCUAACCUGCAUUUGUUCUGAGCUCCACUGUGAUAAGCUGAAGCAGCGAUUCUUAACUGCAGAACCUGUCCGUGCAAUGUCAGACAGCAUAACCACUCAGAAAUCCUGCAUACAUUUCACACGUCCCUUACGGAUAGCUACAAGACACAGCAUGCACACUCCAGCUGUUUUCAUAUUUACAGGUAUGCUUUUGUAAAACUGGCCUGUAAACAUGCAUUUAAAGAGCAUUUGGUGCCUGCAGAUCCUUUUUUAUUCUUUACAGACUUCAUUUUAAAACACAAACAAAGGAAUUGAACACUUUGAUCAUUCUGACAAGCAUGUUUUCAAUACAAUAUAUUUUGACAUAAAAUCAUUAUUACAAGGACCUUACUGAGUCUGCUGGAAAUCAAGUCCAUACUUGUGUGCGGCAUGAAAAGCUUGAGAAAUGUGUUUGUCUUAUCCAAAGGUUGUUGCAAUAUAUAUUUUAUGCAGUAGAUACUAUCAAACCUAUAGGUGUAGACAAGCAUUCCUGUAAUGGGCUACUGCCAAUCUGUUCUUAAUCAGUGACCGUGUAUGCAAAUUGAAUAAAUUUGUGAUGUUUGCUUUAAAAGUAGGCCUAUAUACAAUAACUUUUUGUGGGAGAAAUAUCUUACAAGAAUGU